GGAGGAAGGGGAGGGAUAAAAUUAGUUAAAUUUGUGGCUCUAAAGAGGGCCGUUUGUGAUAAAGGUUUUGUCGGCAAAAUUUCAUCAUCCAUUUUAUCCUUCCAAAACUGCAAGGUUUCCAGACUGAAAUGUUGCGGGCAGAACCUCACAACAUAGAGUAGACCAUUGAAUAAUUGCUGUUUUUUGGGCAAAUUGCUGUUCUCUCUAAAACAAUAAAAGGAAACAAGAAAGAUUUUUAUAAAAUACAUCAAUUGUUUUCUAAAAAUCUAGAUUUUUAGGGUAUUUUAUUCUACGUACACUGAAUUGUCCCUUUUCCCCGUACUCUGAAUCGGCGACUCUGAGUCGUCCCUUACCCUCUGAAUUCCGUUACUUUCAAAUCUAACCACCGCCAAGUUCAGUUUCGCCUAAAAUUUCUAUUAUUUUUAGCUAAAAUAUUAAAUUAAAUUUAAUUAAAAUGGAGAACAAUCGAGAACAAAAUGGGGAAUUGGAACAAAACAGUGAAGAAAAUGUCAAUACCAUCAGCUCUUCAACCUUAAAUGGUGGAACUGAGACUGGAGGUCGUUCCGACCUUUCAAUCAUGUCGGAAAUUGCUUUGGAGACUGCACGCACUGCAUCAAAUCUUAUUCUUACAACCGAUGCAGCUGCUGAAACUGGAAAUAUUACACUCUAUGAGGCGGAACAAGUCAAUACGGCGAUUUUGUUUGCGUCGGAAGCAGCAGAAUUAGCAGAUCGUCUUGAGGCAGAACAGAUUCAACGUGAAACUGAUGAGUAA